GGCACUGGAAAGUCUGUUGUGAAAAUAGGAGCAAAACAUCAAGACAUGACAGGAGUGGUCAGACUUCCAUUAUAGCCUGCUUCGAAAAACAGGCCAAAGAUAAGGAACAAUCUUCUCAUUCUGAAUGUGAUCCAUUGAGCAACAAUGAAAAUGACUUUGACUUGGAAAAUCCAGGAUCAGCUAUAAAUCUUGAUAAUAUGUAAGAUAUAGAGCCAUAUACUGUUAGUAUAACAGUUUAAUAAUUUAUCAGUUAUGAAAUAUAAUAUAUUAAAGAGUUGUAUUAAAAUAUUGACAAUAAAGGUGUUAGCGGGGAUGUAUUUUCUUUUAAAUUUCAGAGAAUGUUCUGAUGACUUUUGUGAUGUACCAGAUCUAGAGUUGUAUCUUUGUAACAAUGAUCAAGAAAUCCUUGAAAUAGAAGUGGAUAUUACACCUGAGACUGACGAUUAUGAUGAUAGUUAUUCAUCGUCAUUCGAUGAAACUGAUGAUGGCAAGGAUGAGUUUAGAAAUAACAAAUUUAGCAAAUGA